CCCCCGGUGCCGAGGCAGCAGAGGCCGCCGAGUCCCGGGCCCUGGGCUCGGUGCCCGCCCUCCGUUCCCGCCCAGCCCUCAGGCCCCUCAGCGCGGUGCCUGCACGGAACUCGCGCGAACGGGCGCCACAGCGGCGGGCGCCAUAGCGGGACGGACGCGGUGCCUCCCUCACAGGGCUCCCCGGGCCGUGGCGGAGCCAUGUCGGGCUUCAGCCCGGAGCUGAUCGAGUACCUGGAGGGGAAGAUCUCCUUCGAGGAGUUCGAGCAGCGCCGCGAGGAGCGCAAGAGCCGCGAGAAGGAUGGUGAAAAUGCAUCCGCUGAGGAAAAUGAGGAAGAUGUAGAGGCUCCAUCUUCAUCCAGAAAAGCAUCUGGGAAAUCCCAAAGUCAGGAUGAAACUGAUGGAGAAACAGCAGAUGGGGUCAGUAAAUCUGUCCAUCGGGUCUUUGCAUCCAUGCUUGGGGAAAAUGAAGAGGAGGACGAUGAAGAGGAGGAGGAGGAGGAAGAAGAAGAAGAAGAAGAAGGAGGAGGAGGAGGAGAGGAGGAAGAAGAAACUACAGAGCAGCCUACAGCUGGAGAUGUUUUUGUUUUGGAGAUGGUUCUUAAUCGAGAGACCAAGAAAAUGAUGAAAGAGAAAAGACCUCGCAGCAAACUUCCCCGUGCCCUGAGGGGUCUGAUGGGAGAGGCCAACAUCAGAUUUGCUCGAGGAGAGCGUGAGGAGGCCAUUCUGAUGUGCAUGGAGAUCAUUCGACAAGCUCCUCUUGCUCACGAGCCAUUUUCCACUCUUGCCAUGAUCUAUGAAGACCAGGGUGAUAUGGAGAAAUCAUUACAGUUUGGACUGAUUGCAGCUCACUUAAAUCCUAGCAAUACUGAGGAGUGGGUUAGACUGGCAGAAAUGUCGCUGGAGCAGGAUAAUAUUAAGCAGGCUGUUUUCUGCUACACAAAAGCUCUGAAGUACGACCCGAGCAACGUGCGCUACCUGUGGGAAAGGUCCAGCCUGUACGAGCAGCUGGGCGAGCAGAAGAUGGCCAUGGACGGCUACCGGCGCAUCCUGAACCUCCUGGCGCCCUCCGAUGGGGAGCGCUUCAUGCAGCUGGCCCGGGACAUGGCCAAGAGUUACUACGAAGCCAAUGACGUGACCUCUGCUAUUGAGAUAGUGGAAGAGGCCUUUAGCAAGCACCAGAGCCUUGUGUCCAUGGAGGAUGUUAACAUUGCAGCUGAGCUCUACAUCUCCUCCAAGCAGUACGACAAAGCUCUGGCGGUUAUUACAGAUUUUACGGGAAUUGUGCUUGAAAAAAAAGCACCAGAAAGAAGUGCAGCUGAGGAGAAAAAGGGUGCAGCAGUAGAAAUGCAGGAAAACCAAGAGGCAGUGACUGACAACCAGAGUCAUCCAGUUGCUGAAUCCAGUGCUCCAGCUGUGGAGAAGGUCAGCUGCUGCAUACCUGAGGGUGUUCCCAUAGACAUCACAGUGAAGCUGAUGGUGUGCUUGAUUCACCUGAACAUCCUGGAGCCACUCAGUCCUCUUUUGACUACUCUGGUGGAACAAAAUCCAGAAGAGAUGGGUGACUUGUAUUUGGAUGUCGCAGAGGCUUUUCUGGAUGUUGGAGAAUACAACUCAGCCCUGCCUCUCCUGAGUUCCCUUGUCUGCUCAGAACGGUACAACCUGGCUGUUGUGUGGCUUCGGCACGCAGAGUGCUUGAAGGCUUUGGGCCACAUGGAGCGUGCUGCAGAGAGUUAUGCCAAAGUUGUUGAUCUUGCCCCACUGCAUCUGGAUGCAAGAAUCUCACUUUCAACACUUCAGCAGCAGCUGGGCCGGCCUGAGAAAGCUCUGGAGGCUCUGGAGCCCAUGUAUGACCCGGAUACUCUGGCUCAGGAUGCUAAUGCUGCACAGCAGGAAUUAAAGCUACUCCUGCAUCGCUCCACGCUGUUGUAUUCCCAGGGCAAAAUGUAUGGUUACAUUGACACCUUGCUCACAAUGCUGGCCAUGCUGCUGAAGGUAGCAAUGAGCAGAGCUCAGGUGUGUUUGAUAUCUAGCUCCAAAUCUGGAGAGAGACACCUCUAUCUUAUUAAGGUGUCAAGGGAUAAAAUUUCUGACAAUGAUGACCAAGAGACAGCAAAUUGCGAUGCGAAAGCAAUUUUUGCUGUCCUCACAAGUGUUCUGACAAAAGAUGACUGGUGGAACCUCCUCCUGAAGGCUAUAUAUGCUUUGUGUGACCUCUCCCGGUACAAGGAGGCAGAGCUACUUGUGGAUUCCUCUCUGGAAUAUUACUCAUUCUAUGAGGACAGACAAAAGCGCAAGGAGCUGGAGUACUUUGGGCUCUCUGCUGCAAUUCUGGACAAGAACUUCAGAAAAGCUUACAACUAUAUCAGAAUCAUGGUCAUGGAAAAUGUCAAUAAGCCCCAGCUGUGGAACAUCUUCAAUCAGGUCACUAUGCAGUCUCAGGAUGUCCGUCACCAUCGCUUUUGUCUCCGCCUGAUGCUGAAAAAUCCUGACAAUCACGUGCUGUGUGUCCUCAAUGGGCACAAUGCCUUCGUGUCUGGCAGUUUCAAGCAUGCUCUUGGUCAGUAUGUGCAAGCCUUCCGUGCAAACCCAGAUGAGCCUUUGUACAGUCUUUGUAUUGGCCUGACUUUCAUCCACAUGGCCUCUCAGAAAUAUGUGCUGAAAAGGCAUGCUCUUCUAGUACAGGGAUUCUCCUUCCUUCACCGCUACUUGGACCUGCGUGGCCCAUGCCAGGAGUCCUUCUACAACCUAGGCCGUGGCCUGCACCAGCUGGGAUUGCUGCACCUGGCAAUCCACUAUUACCAAAGAGCACUUGAACUUCCUCCCCUCACCUUAGAGGGAAUAGAAACAGAUCAAACAGACUUGAGAAGAGAUACUGCCUUUAACUUGUCACUCAUUUACCAGAGCAGUGGGAAUACCAGAAUGGCUCAGAAGAUGCUGUAUACCUAUGCAGUUGUGUGAAGAGGUUUGUGCAGGUGGAAUUGAUACCCUUUGGAUUGACCUUUGCAUUAUGCAGUGCCAGGGAAGGUGGUUUUAAUUACAACUUUUUCUGCAGAGGGUCAGAGACGUGGCUGGUGCUGUGUUGUGGCUUUAUGGAGUUGUUCUGCUUCUGCCCUUGGCACUGUAUCACGUGUGGGUGGGAGCUGGCCAUCCUGAGCACACCCCUGACGUGCUCACCAGUGGCUGCUGUUAGCUCUUCUCCUUUGGUGCACUGCUCUCUAAAUAGAUUCAGUCUUGUAUAUAGAGUCAAACAGUGAAAACCAGGGCCCAGUAUGAUUUGCUGAGGGCUUUUGGUGGGGGAAAAUGUGCAGUAUUUCAGCUAAUUACCAUUGAGGCUGCUGAAGAAGCCAUACUCACUGGUGAUGAGGAUAUUUUAACGUAUUUUAAUGUGCAACAUUAAAUUACAAUAAUGUGGAACCAUCCUAGAGGAUGAGGAAUUCAGUAUUUCAAGAUCUGUAAAAUAUUCAGAGUUUUCUAGGAGUUCAUAUUCCUAGCAGUUUUUGUAUUUGAAGGGGAUUAAUCUUUUACUGAAAUCAAUGUAACUUUUGUUCUUUCUGUGAACUUGUUAAUAAAAAUUCUGAGGUUAA